CAAAACAUUCUAUUUACACUACCGCAAGCAGCAUGACCGAGAAAAAGAAGGCUCUAUUUAUUUGCCUUGGAAACAUCUGCCGUUCGCCGAUCGCCGAGGCGGUGUUUCUGAAAACGAUCAACGAUGCUGGUGUUGCUGACCAGUGGGAAGUGGAUAGUGCCGCCAUAGGAUCAUGGCACGUGGGACGCAGCCCCGACCAUCGGGCUUUGGCAACAAUGAAAAACCACGAUUUGCCAUACAGCAACAAAGCGAGACAGAUUAAGAAAGCUGAUUUCGAACAUUACGAUUACAUUUUCGGCAUGGAUCGAGAGAACAUUAGCGACUUGAAGGAACGUGCACCGAACGGAGGUGGUAAGGCAAAAAUAUUGUUGCUGGGCGAUUUCGAUCCACAACAGCCGGGUGCUAUCAUACGCGAUCCUUACUACGACAAGGGCUCGGAAGGAUUUGAGCAAUGUUACGUGCAGUGCGUACGAUGCUGUGAUGGAUUUCUAGCAAAGGCUCAGAAAGGCGAAAUCUAAAA